AUGGCAGACAACUCCACCAGUGACUCCUACUACUUCAAGCAACAGCUUAAUGUGGCUGAUAUUAUUGUCAUCGUGAUAUAUUUUGUUUUAAAUGUGGCUGUAGGAAUAUGGUCUACGUACAGAGCCAACAGAAGCACACUAAAAGGAUACUUCCUUGCGGGAAGGGACAUGGGAUGGUGGCCAAUUGGAGCCUCUCUCUUUGCCAGCAGUGAAGGAUCUGGGCUAUUUAUUGGACUGGCUGGCUCAGGUGCAGCAGGAGGUGUGGCCGUAGCUGGUUUUGAGUGGAAUGCAACAUAUGUGCUGCUGGCACUGGCAUGGGUUUUUGUGCCCAUCUACAUGUCCUCAGAGAUUGUCACCAUGCCUGAGUACCUUCAGAAGAGAUAUGGAGGGUCCAGGAUACGCACGUACCUGUCCGUCUUGUCACUUUUGCUGAGUGUUUUCACCAAGAUAUCACUGGACUUGUAUGCUGGGGCCAUCUUUGUGCAAAUCUGUCUGGGCUGGAAUUUUUACCUGUCUACUGGCUUGGUGUUGGUGAUCACUGCAUUUUAUACCAUUGCAGGUGGCCUGACUGCUGUCAUCUACACGGAUGCAUUGCAGACACUGAUUAUGGUCAUUGGGGCAGUCAUCCUAACAAUCAAAGCUUUUGACCAAAUUGGGGGUUAUGACCAGUUGGAGGCAGCUUACUUAGGGGCAGUGCCAAACAAGACCAUUCCUAACACCACAUGCCACCUGCCCCGGGCUGAUGCCAUGCACAUGUUCCGAGACCCCUCCACUGGAGACCUCCCGUGGACUGGGAUGACCUUUGGUCUGACCAUCAUGGCUGCUUGGUAUUGGUGCACUGAUCAGGUCAUAGUACAGAGGUCCCUUUCUGCCAGGAACCUGAAUCAUGCCAAGGCAGGCUCGAUCCUUGCCAGCUACCUAAAGAUGCUGCCCAUGGUCCUCAUCAUCAUGCCAGGCAUGAUUAGUCGGGCACUGUACCCAGAUGAUGUGGGCUGUGUGGUGACAUCUGAAUGCCUGAGGGCCUGUGGGACCGAAGUGGGCUGCUCCAACAUCGCUUACCCCAAACUAGUGAUGGAGUUGAUGCCCAUGGGACUUCGGGGAUUGAUGAUUGCUGUUAUGAUGGCAGCCUUGGUGUCCUCCUUGUCCUCUAUCUUCAACAGUAGCAGCACACUUUUCACUAUGGACAUCUGGAAGAAGCUGAGGCCUCAAGCAAGUGAACAAGAGCUCCUAUUGGUGGGCAGGCUGGUUAUUGUGGUCCUAAUUGGCAUUAGUGUAGUCUGGAUCCCUGUCCUCCAGAAUUCCAGCAGUGGCCAGCUCUUCAUCUACAUGCAGGUAGUCACCAGUUCUUUGGCACCUCCAGUCACAGCUGUCUUCAUCCUGGCAGUAUUUUGGAAUCGGGCCAAUGAACAGGGGGCCUUCUGGGGCCUGAUAGUAGGGCUGGUAGUGGGAGCUACCCGGAUGACCCUGGAAUUCGUUCACCCUGUGCCACCUUGCGGCUACCCGGACACCCGGCCAGCUGUGCUCCACCUUCACUAUCUUCACUUCUCUGUGGUGCUCUUCUCCAUCACAACUGCCAUAGUCACUGCUGUUAGUCUGCUGACCACCCCCCCUGAUGAGUCUCAGAUCAAGAAUUUAACAUGGUGGACCCUUUCCAAGAGUGAGGCUCUGGCAGAUGAUAUGGGAGACAAAGUUGGAAAGAAGCAAAAUCGUUUCAACCAAGCCUUCUGGACCCGAGUCUGCAACUUCAAUGCCAUUCUGCUUCUGUGUGUCAACAUAUUCUUCUACACCUAUUUUGCCUGAUAAUGUUCAUUUCCUGGGAAGCCAGAGGGUCAUGGGAUGCAAGAGAGACUUAUCCUAAUUUGAUUGCUAGAGAAGGAUCAUGAACUAUUAGAACUGGAAGAACCUAUCUAGUCCAACUCAUUUAUUUUAUGUAUGAGUCUUUGAAAAGGAAAGUGACUUUGUAGAAGCUACACAGCUUAUUGAUGAAAGGCCUAGGAUCAAAACCCAAGGUCUUGCUAGGCCAGUACUAUUUCUAUUAAAUGAAGCUUCCCUUCUUUUCCUGAUCCAGAGGCAUUUGAGUUGUUCAAAGUCCUUAAAUGAACAUGUCUCUUUUAAAAUCAGAGCAUCCCACUACUACCACCAAUUGCUACCAACAACAACUAUGUGUUAUAAUUUUGGAAACACCUUCAGUUUAGGUUAUCACUGGGGAAUCCACAGCCUGGAAUAGAACUUAAUCUCCUUUGGAGUCUCUAACCCUCACUUCCUGCUGCCACCCAUCAUUACUUAAGGAAAUGUCAAAGAGGCCUAGUUCUGCCACUUUUUAGUUGUGUGAUCUUGGGCAAAUCACUUUCCUUCUCCAAGACUCAAUUUCCUCAUCUAUCAAAUGAGUGGGCUGAACUAGAUGGUUUCUUAGGUUCUUUGGGGGUGUAACAUUCUCUCAUUCUAUGAUUCCCUUACCUUUCCCUUCUCUCCUACCCAUAGUUUAUGGCCAAGCCUACACAAAGCACCCUCUACAUGUCCAGCUUCCUCAGAAUGGGUUCCUCCCUCCUUCAAACUUUGUAUCUGUGACUCAAUGAAUCCCUGAUCUUGACAUCUGAGUGGGGAGCAGGGGAAGAGGAGGCAUGAGCCUUGAGAACCACUGAAGUUUGAUUGAGAAGCCAUGAGUCUGAAUGUUAUGGUAGGAAAGAAAGCUAAAUAGCCUAGCUCAGCCCAAACCAGUGUGGCAUGAGCCUCUUGAUGACUAUCUAAUAGAACUAGAGGGUAAACAAACAUCAUAAAAGACUUUAUAGGGCUCCCAGGGUGCACUUCUUGUCUUUAUCACUUGGAUUCUGGCCAGACAUCAAGCACUUCUAUAAUGUAUGUAAAACUAGAUGCACAGACAGAUCACUUCAGGGUUUGGUAUGCCUCCCAGGAACCCCUUGGCAUGUACAUUUCUGAGUCAGGAAUGUUCCCAGGAUCUGAAGAGAAAGGCAGUGUGUUUAGCCACCCUAUCCCUCUCAAGGAAAUCAUAGCAACCUUGAUCUGGGACCUCUAAUCCUUUCCACAGUGGUGCCUCAUUUUUCCCUUUGUCUGCCCACAGGAACCCACCCCACUGAACAACCCUGGUGUGCUCUGGGUCUCUGUCUGCUAGGACCCAAAGCAUUAGGAGCAAAAGGUUAAAUGUACAGGAUUGACAAUGGGAUCAGCCUUUGGGAUUUAGCAUAUGUAGGUGGCUGACUCUGUGACAAUGGUGUCUAGGCAUUCACCUUCCCUCCUCCAAAGUGGAAUUGAGGGCCUGCCCACCACCCCGUUGUGGCAAGAGUCCUUGGACACUGCUCUUUGGAGUGACUUCCUUGGGUGAUGGUCCAUGUCCUUAUCACCUCAUACUCGGGCUAUUGUAGUAGCCACCUAAGCAUUCUCCUUGCCUCUCUGACUCAUCCUAUCUAAGCCUCCAAGCUCAUCUUCCCCAAAUUCUAUUUUCCUCAUUCUUUCCUCCUCACACCACUGCCACCCACUCAAGAAUCUUCAAUGGUUCCCAGUCACUUGUAAGCCAAAGUGCAAACUUCCCAAGGCCUUCUCCCACUUGGUACCAUACCAUGCUUCCAACCCAUCUCCCCCUCUUCCCCUUUAUGAAACUUAUGCUCCACUCACACUGGUUCUUUCACUGUCCCCUCAAUGAUGCUGAUGAUAGCUAACAUUUAUAGAGCACUUUGUGGUUUUUCAAAGCACUUUCUAUAUGUUUUUGCAUUCAGUCCUCACAACUAACAAUCCUGAGAAGUAGGUGCCCUUAUUAUCCCCAUUUUACAGAUAAAGAAGCUGAGGAACAGAGAGGUUAAGUGACCUGUUUAGGGCCAUAUUACUAGUAAGUGUCCUAGGCAGAAUUUAAAAUCAAGUCUUCCUGAUUUCAAGUGGAGCACUGGCCAGCUCCUUCCUACUUCUGGAACUUCCCUUAUGACAUCUCCCUUUCUUGAAAUGUUUUCCCCAUGGCCAAAUCCUCCCCAUCUUUCUGGACCCAACCUCUGGGACUCAUACUUUCCAUACCAUGCAUUGGGAACUGAUCAUGUGUUGCCUGCUAUUAUUAUGUCUGUAUAUACUAUGUCUGCAGCUAUACUGUGAGCUGCCUAAGAGUAGAGACUAAAUCUUUUACUGAGUCUAUCUGGCCCAGGGCCUUAUGCUCAGAAAGUGUGGAAUAAACACUUGCUGUUUAAUUGGA